GUUAAUCAGUUAUGUAGGUUAUGGUAUAGGUUAUGAAUCGAUAUCUCGUGCACGGAUAUUUCAUUCCGUUUUGAACUGGUGUUUUAAGAUAUUGUAUAAAAAGAAAUAUGUAAAAGGAAGAUUGUUAUAAUGGCUGUUAACAGAAUAUGCACAAUAUUUCGACAAAUAAUUGUAAAUACACAAAGUAAUAUCAUUGCAAGAUGUCAUUCUUCCCAUACAUCAAAAAUACAAAAUAAUAUUUUAUCUUCUACAUCUUUCGGUAAAAACAAAACGUGCAUAGCGUAUCCUGAAGUACAUGUUAAAUUUAUACCAAGAACACUUAAUAUAGAUUUCGGAAAUCCGAAUAAUGCUGUCAACAAAUAUAUAAAUGAAAUACCUCUAUCUAAAAUUAUUCCAUCGAUAGAAGAACCUACAGUAAAGAAACCUAUAUUACAUGAUCUACCGUUUGUGGAUAAAUCUUUUGAGCUCCCUUCGAUGGAAAAUGUUACAGAAAAAUUAGCAGUACGUCUGAUAGUAAUCAGAAGGAAAAAAAUGAAGAAACACAAGAGAAGGAAAUUGCGUAGAAAAAUGAAAUUUAUAUGGCAAAAGAUAAGAACUAGGCGAAAUGUAGAAAAAGAGAAGGUUUUUCAAGCCAAAUUAAUCGCAAAAAUUAAAGAAGCAGAAGCAUUUGAUGUCCAGAAAUAUAUUGACGACAAAUUCGCAUUUAUAAACAGAGAAAGAAUACCAAAAAUGUAUAGGGGUGAAAUAUUACCAGAAGCUAUGAUAAAGGAAUUUUUAGAAAAAGACAGAAAAAGGAAGGAAAGGAGACGAAAUAAACCUCGCUUGACGCUCGAUUGAAAAUAUGUAGUAGAUAAAAUAUUUCAAGAUCUUUUACUAUGCAGAUUUAAAGUUGUAUAAACUUGUGCAGCAAUAAAAUAAUUAAAAAUUUAA